CACAAAACUACUGACACUCUACCAACAGAAAAUGGAAGUUGCACAAACGAACGCCCAGGAGACUCCGAUACCAAAAAGAAAUAUCUGUACAAACAGUUUGCCGUGGGAUGAAGAAUGUGUUGACCAGAAUUGCAAUCAUACCGAGCCAGACAGCCUCCCAGCCAGACUUUACAGUGUCACCAACUCCAUGCACACUACAGACAUAGAAACAUUGAACAGAAUUAUGCAGUUUGAAGAAUUCCAAUCACAACCUACAGGAAAACAGAUUCUCUUUAUAACGGGAGCGUCGUCCAAUCACUUCCUGGAGUCACAAGCACUGCUGAAAAACUUUCAUGAAACUGUCCCUCCAAACUUCAGUAGUUAUUCCCUCCUUUAUUAUGAUCUUGGACUUACAACAGAUCAGCGUACACAGGUAAAUCUUAUAUAAUUUAUCGUGGUAUUAAGGGUGUCGUG